UCCUUUCCUUGUUCCAUACGCCAGUUUCUCUUUCCACCUUUCGUCCGUUUUGUUCGACUCUUCUUGUCAGCAUUAUUGUCUGGUUUAAAUUUGCCAAAAAGAAAAAGCGACCAGUGGCUUUUAUAGGUCCAUCCACCUUCCUCUUUGAUUAUUUCCUCACUUUCCUCUUAUUCCUCUUCCUAUAAUCCGUGCUUCUUCAUUUCCCGGGUCUGAUUCAUUCCUCUCUAUCUCCCUCUUUUUUAGUGUUAUCUUUGACUUUCUUUAGAGUCCCUGCAAAUUUCCAGGUCACUCCUCUGUACACAACAGAAAUGAAGGUGGUCCUGAAAGUGGAGGUGCACGACGACAAAGCAAAGCAGAAGGCCAUGAAAGCAGUUUCUGGCCUUUCUGGAAUUGAUUCUAUUGCCAUGGACUUGAAAGAGAAAAAAAUGACAGUCAUUGGGACUGUUGACCCAGUCGAGGUGGUGAGCAAGCUGAAGAAGAAAUGGUACACCGAGAUUCUAACGGUCGGGCCGGCCAAGGAACCUGAGAAGAAGAAGGAAGAGCCGAAAAAGGAAGAGCCCAAGAAGGAGGAAGGCAAGAAGGAGGACGACAAGAAGAAGAAGGAAGAGCAGCAGAUUGCAGAGCUUGUCAAGGCCUACGAAGCCUAUAAUCCACACCUCACCAGAUAUUACCACGCGGUCAGCAUGGAAGAGAACCCCAAUGCUUGUGUCAUAUGUUGAAAUUAAAAAUCUGAAGUUUCUUUGAGGCUUGAGAAAGCAAAUAGUGGGAUUGUGAUGUUAAUAAGUCAUGGUUUUGGUUGAUGUUCCUGAUUGUCCAAGCCUCCAAGACGUACCUGAGAGCCAGGGCUUCUUUUUGUAAAGUUCAUGCUUCAUAGGGGUCCAUUUGUCAUCUUGGCUUUCGCAGUUUUCACUGUUGAUGAGAAUAUGUAUAGAUAUAUAGAGAAGUAAUAAAGCAUUGAAGGCAGGGAGAGGAAAUGAAUGUACAUAUUUUUCUGGGCAUCU